CGCAUUCGACGAAGAGACGCGAUUGGUGCCGAACGCCAUCCUGGUGAUUCCGCAACACACAGACAGACGGAGAGGGCGACAAGGAGCCGAGCAGCACCAGAACCACAUGUUUAAACGAUCCAUUUGGGCACAUUAACCUUCGAUUUCGCUUCGUUUAAAAUUGUAAAAACGAGCGCGGGCGACGUUUAACCGAUUCGGCCUUGAUAUGGUUUCGUUGUCGAAGCUCUCACGAGAGGACUAGCGGAGCACCAGAGCCUCUUUAGCCUGUUAGCUCCUCGUUAGCACAGAAGCCGCUAAUUCGUUCGCUCUGGCCGGUACACCUGCUUCCCACGCCGUGCUGUGUACUUGUUAAUCUACAGUCGCCACAGGUGGGGGGUUUCGCUCUCAUAUCUUUAUAUAUUCUUGAUUUAAAUCACGCUGCUCGGGACACCGGCGGAGAGGAAAAGGACUGUGACCGGUUGUGGUUGGGAGCAGGCAGCGGAACAAGCGGUGCCCUCACCAUGGACAACGCUCACACGAAGACGGUCGAAGAAGUUUUCAGCUUUUUUAACGUAAAUGAAAGCACUGGUCUGAGUUUAGAGGAAGUGAAGAAGCAGCGGGAGCGAUAUGGACCAAACGAGCUGCCAGCAGAGGAGGGUAAAUCUCUUUGGGAACUGGUGGUGGAACAGUUUGAAGAUUUGCUUGUGAGGAUCCUUUUACUUGCUGCCUGCAUAUCUUUUGUGCUGGCCUGGUUUGAAGAAGGAGAAGAAACGGUUACAGCCUUCGUGGAGCCUUUUGUUAUCUUGCUUAUUCUCAUAGCAAAUGCCAUUGUUGGAGUCUGGCAGGAGCGAAAUGCAGAAAAUGCCAUUGAAGCUCUGAAGGAGUACGAGCCAGAGAUGGGGAAAGUGUACCGCCAGGACAGGAAGAGUGUCCAGAGAAUCAAAGCCAGAGACAUUGUGCCGGGGGACAUUGUAGAGGUGGCAGUUGGUGAUAAAGUACCUGCUGACAUCAGGCUGACUUCUAUAAAGUCGACCACCCUGAGGGUGGAUCAGUCAAUUCUUACAGGAGAGUCUGUGUCUGUGAUCAAACACACAGACCCGGUGCCAGACCCACGUGCUGUCAACCAGGACAAAAAGAACAUGCUCUUUUCUGGUACAAACAUUGCUGCCGGUAAGGCAAUUGGUGUGGUGGUGGCCACAGCUGGAAACACAGAAAUCGGUAAAAUCCGAGAUGAGAUGGCAUCGACGGAGCAGGAGCGCACACCUCUGCAGCAGAAGCUGGACGAGUUUGGAGAGCAACUGUCUAAGGUCAUCUCACUGAUCUGCAUUGCUGUGUGGAUCAUCAACAUCGGACAUUUCAACGACCCUGUCCAUGGAGGUUCCUGGAUCCGAGGCGCCAUCUACUACUUCAAGAUUGCUGUGGCUCUGGCAGUAGCUGCUAUUCCUGAGGGUCUUCCUGCUGUCAUCACUACCUGCCUGGCUCUAGGAACACGCCGCAUGGCCAAGAAGAAUGCCAUUGUCCGCAGUUUGCCCUCUGUGGAGACCCUCGGGUGCACAUCUGUCAUCUGCUCUGACAAAACUGGAACACUGACCACCAAUCAGAUGUCUGUGUGUAGGAUGUUUAUCAUCGAUAAGACUGAAGGUGACAGCUGUUCGUUAAAGGAGUUCACUGUAACUGGCUCCACAUAUGCCCCUAAUGGAGAAGUUUUUCAUAACGGCAAACCAGUGAAAUGUUCCCAGUACGAUGGCUUGGUGGAGAUGGCCUCCAUCUGCGCUCUCUGUAACGACUCGUCACUGGACUAUAACGAGAUCAAAGGCGUGUAUGAGAAAGUGGGCGAGGCCACGGAGACUGCUUUGACGUGCUUGGUGGAGAAAAUGAACGUGUUCGAUACAAACAUUAAAAGCCUUUCCAAGGUUGAGCGAGCCAACGCCUGUAACUCUGUGAUCAAGCAGCUGAUGAAGAAAGAAUUCACUUUAGAGUUUUCCCGAGACAGGAAAUCAAUGUCUGUGUACUGUACUCCUAAUAAAGCCCGCUCCUCUGCUGGCAAGAUGUUUGUGAAGGGCGCCCCCGAGGGAGUGAUUGACAGGUGCACACACAUCCGUGUAGGCAGCAACAAGGUGCCCAUGACCCCUGGCAUCAAGGAAAAAAUCAUGUCUGUGAUCCGGGAGUAUGGGACGGGCAGAGACACCCUGCGCUGCCUGGCUCUGGCAACGCGAGAUAAUCCCAUGAAUAAAGAUGAAAUGGUUUUGGAGGACUCCUCUCGCUUUAUAGAGUAUGAGACUGAUCUAACAUUUGUGGGCUGCGUCGGCAUGCUGGAUCCUCCCAGGGCGGAGGUGGCAGCCUCCAUUCGGCUCUGUCGCCUUGCAGGCAUCAGAGUAAUCAUGAUCACUGGAGACAACAAGGGGACAGCUGUGGCUAUUUGCAGACGCAUUGGCAUCUUCGGUGAAGAAGACGAUGUUUCUAGCAUGGCUUUCACUGGCAGAGAGUUUGACGAUCUCACACCUGCUGCGCAGAGAGAAGCUGUGGUCAAAGCUCGCUGCUUUGCUCGUGUCGAGCCUGCUCAUAAGUCCAAGAUUGUCGAGUAUCUACAAUCCUACGAUGAGAUUACAGCUAUGACAGGGGAUGGAGUAAACGAUGCUCCCGCUCUGAAGAAGGCCGAGAUUGGCAUCGCCAUGGGCUCAGGAACAGCUGUGGCUAAAACCGCCUCGGAAAUGGUCCUGGCUGAUGACAAUUUUGCUACCAUCGUAGCUGCGGUUGAGGAAGGCAGAGCCAUUUACAACAACAUGAAGCAGUUCAUCAGAUACCUCAUCUCCUCUAAUGUGGGCGAAGUUGUCUGCAUCUUCCUGACAGCAGCUCUGGGGUUCCCUGAAGCUCUUAUCCCCGUUCAGCUGCUCUGGGUCAACCUGGUGACUGACGGUUUACCUGCCACUGCUUUGGGUUUCAACCCGCCUGACCUGGACAUCAUGAGCAAACCUCCACGCAAUGCUCGAGAGCCCCUCAUCUCCGGCUGGCUCUUCUUCAGAUACCUCGCUAUCGGAUGUUACGUUGGGGCUGCCACUGUCGGUGCUGCCUCUUGGUGGUUUGUUGCUGCUGAAGACGGACCAAGGAUCACCUUCUACCAGCUGAGCCACUUCCUGCAAUGCGGUCCAGAAAACCCAGAGUUCCAGGGUUUGGACUGUAAGGUGUUUGAGUCCCCCUACCCUAUGACCAUGGCCCUGUCUGUGCUGGUCACCAUUGAGAUGUGCAAUGCCCUUAACAGUGUGUCGGAGAACCAGUCCCUUCUACGAAUGCCUCCCUGGGAAAAUGUCUGGCUGCUUGGAGCCAUCUGCCUCUCCAUGUCUCUUCACUUCCUCAUCCUCUAUGUGGAGCCUCUUCCAAUCAUCUUCCAGAUCACCCCUUUGAAUCUGACUCAGUGGCUAAUGGUGCUCAAGAUCUCGCUGCCCGUCAUCCUACUGGACGAAAUGCUCAAGUUUGCUGCCAGGAACUACCUGGAGCCCGGUAGAGAGCUGGAGAAGCCGGCCAGCUGCAAAGCCUGCUCCCUGUUUGCAUGUAUGGAGGGCAUCUCCUGGCCCUUCGUGGCCAUUUCCCUCCCACUGAUUGUGUGGAUCUACAGCUCUGACACUAACAUGGCUGACAUGUUCAUGUCCUGACUGACCUGAGCACAACCUCAACUGUUUCAUCCCCCUCCCACUGCCAUCACCUCCCUCUCCUUCUCUCUCUGCCUUCUUAAAUGUGCAUAGCUAGCGUGCGUGAGCGUUUGUAGACUUAGCGUGUGUGUGUGAGCUUGUGCGCACGAGAAGGACCAACUCAUCGAAUCUAACAAAUAAUAUAAAAAAGUUCAAAGUUUGUUUUGAGUUGAGAUAGGACUUGUGAAUGGAUGAGGCUUUAAAAUAUGUUAAGAGGACCACCACUCCCAUAGCUUUGGACUGUGUUGCUGGUUUAAAAGCAAAUAUAGUGUUGACUUUUUUUUUUUUUGUUAAUAUUACCUUUAAGAUAUGUUUUAAAGAUGUGUUCUGUGUCACUACAGUUCUAAAAAGUAGUUUUGUUGAGGUUCCCUCCCAUUGAAAAGGAAGUUUAAGAUAUCAAAUUAUUUGACCUGUACAGAGAUUGAACACUAUUUUAUGCAAACCUUUUUUUUUUUUUAUGGCUUUGUAAAUUGUUUAACCAGCGUGACUUAGAGAUAUCGCCUUGAUUUGUUUUCUGUUUUACCAUUGUGUCUUCAGUAAAAACUCUUGAGAGGACAAGCUCCAUAUGGCAGACAAGGAUGGGGAAAGGUUUGGUUAAAACUAAAAGAAAAAAAAAAAUUGAGAAACGAAACAAACAAAACAAAAAAAGCUGCAUGUCCUGUGACUAAGCAUGAACUCUGUGGUUUCUCAUUUCUAAUUUAUAAACGUCCCCCUCGUUAAAGCAUAAAUAACUUUGUAAUAGUUUUUUUUUUUUUUACAGUGUUGAAAGUAAGUCAGUUUUUCUGCACCUGGCAGAGCACAGCUACCUCAAAUUGACAAUAGGUUUUGCUCAUCUUGACAUGCUUUUCAACGGUCGUACUAAAAAAACAUUGAGGUGUGCCCCCCUAUUGUGCAGAAAAAGAACAAAAUCUUUUUUUUCCUCCCCUUUAACCCCAUUUUAAGGAAAUAUUUUGUUUGUAUGAACUUGUGGCAUUCUUUAACUUAAUUUUUGUUGUGCUGUGGAGGCAGAGCUGGGUGGGGAUGCUGUUUACCAUCUCCAUAGCGUUUGAUUCAAA